AUGAAUAAUUAUGACAACUUUGGUCUCCUAUUAAUUUUAUUAAAAACAUUAUUAUUAACUAGAGAUUGUAUUUCAUUACUUCAAAAUAUCAAUUCACCAAUUGAUCAUGAAUAUUUUAUUGAAGAAGAAAUUCCUAUUGGUACGGUGAUUGGGAAUUUAAUGGAGGAUGUAGUUAUAGGAUAUGCAGAUUUUGGAUUAACAAAAUCUUCACAUAAACUCAACUCACCAAUCGAUGAUGUUGAUAAUCCGUAUAGUUUGAAAAUAAUGAACUUUGCUGAUCCAUACGUUAAUUUGUUUGAUAUAAAAUCGGAUGGAAGAAUAAUUCUCAGUCGGCGAUUGGAUCGUGAUGAAAUUUGUCCUAAACAACUACAUGUAGAUUCAUCUUUGAUUAAUAUUGAUACUGUACGAGUUUCAAGCAUAUAUACCAAUUCUCAUCAACAAAAUGUUUUACAAACAGAAAAAAUGUCUUGUCCCAUAAUUAUUCAAAUAGGUUUGUUUAUUCAUCAGAAAAAUUCUAUGAUAAAUAAAAUAGACAAUGAAGUACAUAAUAAUAAAAAGCAAAUUCGACUAUUUCAUUUACGUAUUAACAUUCAAGACAUUAAUGAUAAUGCUCCGUAUUGGCAAGGUCAUUUACAAAGAUUUCGUAUAACAUUCCUGGAUGGUGAUCCAGUCGGUUCACGUCGUAAUAUACCACCAGCUAUGGAUGUGGAUGUAGGAGUAAAUGGACACAUAACUUAUGAACUUGUUCCAGUCAAUUCUUAUGAUAAAUCACAUAUACCUUUUAGUUUACUCGAGGAUUCAACUGAUGGACUUCACUUGUAUACAACUAAACAGAUAGAUCGUGAAGAACAAUCAGAAUAUAAAUUAAUAUUGAAAGCAACUGAUGGAGUGUAUUCAUUUUCAUCUAAUGAUACAACAUUUAAACGAUUCACUUCAACUUUAUAUGUAGACAUUUUCAUAGAGGAUGUUAAUGAUAAUACACCACAAUUUACUCAACCAAUAUUUACCACAUCUAUGCCAAUAGCUGAAACAACUCCAGUCGGAACAACAGUUCUUGUAUUAAACGCUACUGAUUUAGAUUCUGGGACAAAUGGCAUUUUUCAUUUUAGUUUUAGCAAAGAUCAUUAUUGGCAACCAGCUGAAAAAAUUGCUAGACAUUAUUUUGAUAUACGUCCAAAUGGUCAAAUUAUAGUUAGGCAACCAUUGAAUGUCGAUAAACUUGAUCAAAUGAACAGCCAUGUUCAUCGUAAUAAUAAAUUAAUUUUAUCUAAUUUAAGAGGUGGUGGUUACCAGUUAAACGAUGAUAUUAAUGAGAAAAUGAAUAAAGGUGCAAAUAUUCAAUUUCGUUUUCGUGCAGUUGUUGAAGAUGAAGCAGCAAGACCAUAUACACGUUCAAGUGAAGCAACUGUUAUUAUACUUGUUACAGAUGAAAAUGAUGAAUCGCCUAUUAUUUCAUUACUUCCAAAUCCAGAACACAUCAAUUCAAAUGGAUUGGAUGCUGUUACAACAUCGAAUUCGUUUAGCUAUUUCAGUGUUUUUGAAAAUCAGCCCGUUAGUACAAUUGUUGCAACUGUACAAGCAUAUGAUCCUGAUUUUGGUGGGCAUGAUCAGGUGGAGUGCAACUUGAAAGAUUCAAAUUUUUCUCUGGUACGACUUACUUCAAAAACGCAACCUGAAUUUGAUCAAAACACUGAAGUUAACUUGUUAAUAGAAUAUCAUUUGAUUACAGCAAGAAUUUUAGAUCGUGAAAGCACUUCUCACCAAAUAGUCACUAUUGUUUGCUCUGACAUGGCUGGACACUAUACAGAACGAAAUAUAACCGUUCGUAUUAUGGAUCAAAAUGAUAACCGACCAAAAUUUUCACACGACACACUUUAUUUACAAGUUGAUGAAAAUGCUCCACAAGGUACUCAAGUGAGACAACAAUCACAAAAAGUCAACAGAGUUCAUUUUAAUAAUAUUUAUCAAAGUGGAUUAUCACAAGGACUUACAGCAACUGACUUGGAUAUUGGAAUCAAUUCACAAAUGACAUUUUUUCUUCUUGAAGACGGAGUUAAUUCAACAAAGUUCAAAAUUGACUCACAUACAGGUAUUAUAACUACAAUGGAUGUGUUCGAUAGAGAAUUUAAAGAAAAAUAUACCUUAACUGCAAUCGCAGUUGAUCACGGAAAUCCUUCACUUACAGGAACGGCCACAGUGCAGAUAAUCAUCAAUGAUCUUAAUGACAAUGCACCAGUCUUCUCAACCAAUAAUUAUACUUUUCAUUUACAAGAGAAUCAAGCACGUAAUACCAUAGUUGGUCAAGUGAAUGCAACCGAUGCCGAUUCAUCUGUUUACGGUCCAUUAGAAUACAGCUUGGCUAAUGAUCAAGAUUCAAUGAAUUUUACAAUUGAUAAAGUUACUGGCAUUAUCCGAAAUCGUCAAUCAUUAGAUCGUGAAGAAAAAUCUCAAUAUAUAUUUCGUGUUUUAGUUAAAGACACAAAGAUUAGAUUAUCAGGAUUUAAUAGUAUGAAUAUAAAUAAACCAAAUUCAAUGAAUAAUAUACAAUAUACCGGUACGUCAACAGUCACAGUGAUUAUUGACGAUGUCAAUGACAAUUGGCCAGUAUUUAUUAGUCCCAAUGCCACAGCAAACACUUUGGCCAUUAACUUAGAUCAAAAGAUUACUGGUUAUAAACUAGCUUAUAUUCAAGCUGAAGAUAAAGAUGAAGGAAAUAAUGGUUUAAUUACAUAUAAUAUUUUAACUGGCAAUAAUUAUGGUUUGUUCGGACUUGAUUCAACAAGUGGAUUGUUGUAUUUAACAAAUCCUAUCAGUGAUAACAAUGAUAUAAAUGACCAUAAUAACGAAUUGUAUAAUUCAUCGAAUGUAUCUAAUUUACCGAAAAUUGAUGAGUUUAAUAGUCUUUUGCAAAAAUCUAGCAUGCAUAUACUAACAUUGGAGGCAUGUGAUCAAGGUAAAGAUCCGAAACCACGAUGUACAUUAUAUAAUAAUUUAAAAAUAAUCAUACAGAAUAGUAAAGACACUGAUAUACACAUUUUAGAGAAUAAACAAGCUCAAUAUAAUUCAUUUAAUCAAUUAGUCAAUGAUCCAGGAUCAGCCACAGCCGAAACGAUAGUAUCUUCGGCAUUUAAUCAAAAUCACCCAAAUCACAUUCAAAAUAAUUUUAAAUCUAUUCAAGAAUUCAAUAAUGACAAUAUCUAUCAAAAAACAACUGGUUUGGCGUAUGGAAGUCUGUUGAUGAGUAAACAAAAUCAUAAGGUGAAUAGUUAUGCGACCAAUGACAUGAUGAUUACUUGUCUAUCGAUUAUCUUUGCCUUGGUUCUCAUUGCAACGUUAAUACUUGUUUGUUUGGUUCGCAGAAGAGUAGUGUGGUUUAAAAAUCAAACUAAAAAACCAGUGAAAAAUGAACCUUCUCAUCAUUGGGCAAACCAAACAAUCUGUUCAAAUUCAUCAAGAAGUAAUUAUAAUGUAGAUUCUUCGGGACAUGGUAAAUUGUUGAGUAAUAUCAGUGACAAUUUACCAAACAUACAUCCUAAUUCAGAAUUACUAUCUAAAUCUAUCAUAAGUAAUAAGAACAAUAAUAAUUAUGAUGCUAAUUUUGUCAAUAUGCAACACUCUUUAAAUAAUUCAAUUAUCUCACCUGAAGAAUCUAAUUCACCUAGAAGUGUUUAUCAAUUUACAGCAUCACCAUCAUCAUCAUUGCCGAGUCAAGUAACGAAAACAUCGCCGAUCAUCGCAAAGACAAGGACAAUUGAUUACAAACAAUAUGGAUGCAAUACACAAGAAACAAGCUAUAGAUUUAACCAAUUGAAUUCUACAGAAAAUCGAGCUAAUCAUGAUGGGACUAAUGUACCAAUGGCUUUCAAAAAAGCAAAUGAACAUAAUAUCUCUAUGGAUAAAUUUGAUGAUUAUCAAACAUUGGAUUAUUUAGGUUUGGUUAGUCCUACAAUAUUAAAUAAACAGUCAAUUUAUCAAAAAAAUCUUGGACUAGUUACAUACAGUCCACAUGUUAUGAAUAUGCCUAAAUUAAUAUCAUUACCAUCUGGAGGAUUAACCACAUUCAAUCAUCACAAUACCAUCAAUACAUCGAUUCAUUAUAAUCCUAGUUUGGAUAAUUCUUCCUAUCAGAUAACUCAUUUUCAUACUCAAUCACAACCACAGCCUAUGAGUAACAGGUAUACAACAAUGCCAACAUUUUCAACUAGUAAUCAAACAAUUGGUGAUUUAAAUUCAACAUUUAUUUCUGCUUGCGAUCCACAUCUGAACAAUGUGACUACAUAUAGUAAAAAUGAGAACAAUAAACACAAUAGUAUAAUGUUACCUUAUCUGGUAAUGACUACAAGCCACGUCAAUUUAAAUAAUUUACAUUAUCCUAGCAAAAUUGCUAAAUAUCCAGUACAGUCACAUACAUACUAUGAUAUUAGACAACCUGAUUUUAAGUCCAACAAGCCAGUGAUGUUUAAAUCAAAAUCUCAACAAUUAUCAACUGUUAAUAAAUACUUCAUACCGAACAAUAAUAAUAAUAAUAAAAUUAAAGAUGAUAGUUUAAUGGGAUCUUCAAAAAUUUGUAAAAAUGAGAAACAUUUUUCACCUACAAUAGAAAAUAUUGACGAACCUAGUAUUGAUAAUAUUGAUGAUCAAUCUUUUGUAGAAACAGAUAUUUCAAUGUUGAAGAAAGAUACAAAUAGUUGGACACCUGAUGAGUCAAAUAUACCGUUGGAGAAAUGGGUGAAAUUAUCAGAGCAAAAAUCUCAAAGUCGUAAUGACAAUUCUUUUACCGCUAUUGUUCCUCACAGUAUCAAGAGUAAUAAUACCGUUGACAGUAUGAUCAUCAAUGUAACACAUCCUUCUGAUAAAAAUAUUAAAAGCCAACCAAAAUUGGUUGAUUCUGGAAAGUAUAUGUCAGCUGCUUUAAGAGAAUCUAGUUUUGUAUAGAACAAUAUUUAUUUUUUUCCCAAUGUAAAUUCACAUGAAUCUAUCUAAUCUACAUACAAAUGUUCACUCUGAAAUUGCAUUACACUUUGAGAAAUGCAUGAUGAAAUUAACUGAGGGUUUCUUUUUCACAAAUUAAAUAGUUAUCUGUUUAUUUCAUGGAUUAUAACCGCUGAAAUCAUCAACAUCUAAGAAUGUGCAGUUUUUUUUUGUUUUUAGGUUA